AUGCCAUCCAGUGCAACAUACCAGAUCUCACCUCAUGGUCCCAUCGGUUCACCUGCUCAACCUGCUUUCUCCACCACCUCAUGGUCAUCGACCCAUCCUCCAAACAUUGGUCUGCCGCCCAAAUCACCUCAUGGAGACGUGACGGCGGGAGAUCAGGAAGUAGAGGAGAUCGCCAACUUUCUGGCUCGAGCAAGGUUAUGGAAAAAAUCUCAACAAGGUCAAUCAGUUACCCCUGCUGCUCACCCAUCUCGAUCCACCGAAUCCGACCAUUAUUCCAAUCCUUCUGGUCAUUCUCAUUCUCCACUCUUGCCAAACGAUAACAUCUGGUCCAAUGACAAUGGUGAUGGCAACGGGGCCGGGACGACGAGUGUCAAGGGCAAUCAGACGAAACUCGCAUUAUCCAUGUUGGAUCGACUGACAGAGUGGGAAUCGAAUAAACCACUUUCUGCGCCUCCUCCUCGUGAACUAGAUGAGACCGCUAGACCCGAUCGAACAUCCGUGGAAAGCAGAGAGGAAUACCACCAUCUACCUCCUCUUUAUCCUUCUUCCCUCCCUGUAGGUUCGUCGCGACCUUUCCCCCUCCCUUCACCUCAGUUCUCCAGCAAGACUGUCGGUGCGCCUGUAGAUCCGGCCAGUCAAGUAACGCAUCAUCUCGAGUCCCUAAAACACCUGUUUGAGCCACUCGUCGGGGCCGUUCAGGAUAUGGAAGGGCUCAAGAAGGAAUUGACAUUUUGGAAACGUGAAUGGGCGACUGCAGAUAAAGAGGCGAAGCGAUUGGCGGCAGUGCUCGAAAGCACAGAGGAUAAAGUGCCUGCCGGUGGGAGAUUUACGGCUGUCCUAUUGGAUGGAGACGGUCUGAUCUUUGCCGACCAUCUUCUCAAGCAAGGCUUCCCUGGAGGUCAGAAGGCAGCUCACAUGCUAUUGUCAGCACUUCCUAAACUAAUUGCCCAUGCCAAGAUGGCCCGAGGUAAUGCUCAUGAGGCGCCGCCCGACCUCACUGUCGACGCUAAAGGCUUAAUCGUCGCCGAAGGGGAAGAAGGGCACCAGGAAGCGAUAGAGACCAAGGAACUGGGUAGUGUCGUCGUUCAGUUGUUCUUAAACAAAUCGGGUUUUGGAAAUAUCCUGGUGAAGAAUGGCUCGGUCGCCUCCUGGGGUAUGUACGAAGCAUUCUUGCAGGGCUUCUCGGCAGCUCACGAGCUUUUCACGGUAAUCGAUGUCGGUACGGGUAAAGAAGCGAGUGAUGCCAAGAUCAGGGACUUCCUCAAGCUAUACGUUAAGAACGCCCAGUGCGAAUCCGUAAUCCUCGGAGCGAGUCACGAUAAUGGGUAUGCGACAACCCUGUCAUCUCUUCAGACCGAAUCCCUGCUGUCCAAACUUCUCCUCUUGAAAGGCUAUUCCGACCUCGCUCCACAACUUCGUCAGCAUUCUUCUCGUGUCGUCUCGAUCCCGUCGCUGUUUCGCACUUCGCGGAUCGCACUUUCUCCUCAGACGUUCUCCACUGUCACACAGCGGUCAGAAUCGAGCGUGGUCGCGCUGAACGUGCCAAAGACCCUCGUAACGGACUCAAUCUCUGAAGAAUCAGAUUCAAUUUCAGAUUCAGAUUCUGAAGAGAUACUGGAAUGGUCAGAUGCGCCCCGAAACCUCAGGCACACCGCCCAGAUUGGUCUUGCUAAGUCCAGCACCAAAUCGUCCGCAUUCAAGAAGAGUCGAUCGGCGAGAGACAAAGUCAAUGAGGCGUCGACUAAGUCUGGCUCGAGUAAAGCUUCCGUUUUGGAAAACAUUGUAUCAGAAGACGAAUGGAAAGUAGCCAAGAAAGCCAAUAAGAAGUCCGGUCAAAAGGCAAACUCCGGAGACAGACGAGCAGCGGAGAAGUCUAUCCGGACUCUAGUCCCUCGACCUUGUCAUGCAUACUAUCUUAGCAAUGCCGGCUGUGGAUCCGGUCAUGCGUGUGCAUACGGUCACGAUUAUGACCUGAGCGAGGAUCAGGUCGCCGAACUCGCAAAGCUGACCAAAGCUCUGCUUUGUCCAUACAUAAAAUACGAUAAGUGUCAGUUUGUUGCCUGA